AUGGAAAAAAUACAAGAAAUAAUACAUGAAUUUGUAAAUAUAAGGAGUAGACUAAGAAGGCAUAAGAAUAAAAAGAAAAAUGAGGAAGAUCGUGUAUUCAUUUAUUCAAAUGAGGGAAAUUAUUAUUAUGAAAAGAGAAACUUGUACAAUUUAUAUAUAAUAAUAAAAUGCUAUUACUAUCUACUGACUCAUAGUAUUAAACAUGAAAAAUGGAAAAUAAAAUAUAAAGAAGAAAAGCAACAAAAAUGUGAAAAGAAAAAGUUGGUAGUAGAAGAAGAAAAAGAAAUUCUCUUAAAAAAAAGAAUACAAAAACAAUAUGUCCAUAAAAUAAAAAAUUAUAUUAUAAUGAAUCGACAUAUCCAUGCUUUCAAAUUUUUAUUGGAAAAAUAUGUUUAUAUGAACAAAUAUAAUGAUCCCAUUAAUGAGAAAAAAAUAGAAAUAAAAAUAAAGAAAAGACGACAGAAACAAAAUAAAAGAAAGAGAAAUAUACGAAUUAGUAUAGAUAAAAAUGUCCUCUUUAAUAAAUUCAUUUCUUAUAUACAACAAUUUAUAUAUGAUAUGUUAGUAACAAAUGAUAUAACAUAUCAUAUGUGUUCAAAUAAUAUAUUUUUUUCUUUUUUUCAAAAAAUACAAAUGAAUAAGUAUGAAUUAUCCAAUGAUGGAAAUAAUAUGAAGAAUUCAAGUCAAUUAACCAUCAUAACUAAAAACGAAAAAAAAACAAAAAGAAAAAAAAAGAAAAAAAGAAAAAAAAAAGAAAUAACCAAUCUAUUAUAUAAAAAUAAUAACCAUAUGUUUUAUAACGAUUUAAAUUCACAAUAUUAUUAUAAUUCAUUCAUGUUAAAAACUAUUGAUCCAAAUUUGUUAUAUUUAAUUGACAAUGAUUUCGAUUUAAUCAAAAUUUUGUUUUUCUUUCAAGUACCUCAUUUGUUUAUUAUGUACGUGUACAUUAUAACAUGUGAUAAGAAUAAAAAUAAUUCUAAUUAUUACCAUAAUAUGUAUCAUAAAUUUUAUAUGUCUCUUUUAUUCAAAAUAAUUAACGCAUUUUAUUCCUCAUUUAUAUUAACAUAUAAUAAAUUAGUAUCCAACAAAGAUCUAAUUAUCCUUUUUAAAAUCUUUUCAAAUAUUUUAAAAAAAAAUCAUAUAUUGUUAUUUAAAUGGUUGCGUUGUUAUGAACCCAUUUAUAAGAAGUUGAAUGAACGUGAUAAAAAAAACAAGAAACAAAACGAACCUCAUAAUAAUAACAUGCAUCCUAUUAAAAGUGUUGAUAAAAAGGGUUCUUUUUCUUUUCAUCAUUUGAAAGGUGCAUAUCCUUCAAAUGUGAAAAAGAUUAAAGAACAUGAAAAGACAAAACAAGAAGAUGUUCCAAAGAAAUAUAUUUCUCAAGGUACAUAUUUAAUUGAUUGUGAAUAUGAAGAUAGAAACAGAUUAAAUAAGGUUAAUACAGAAAAGGGAGAUAAAUAUAAAAUUGGGUGUAGCAAAGAAUUGGAAGGUGUUAAUUUAUUGUUACAUAAAAAGGAUGGAAUGAAUUUUGCCUUUUUAAAAGAUGGUUCUUUUUUAUAUAGAAACUUGUUUAAUUAUUUUAAAGGAAAUGAGGGGGGAAAAAAAGAAAAUGAGGAAAAAAAAAAAGAAAAUGAGGGAAAAAAAAAAGAAAAUGACUGUACAACGUGUGAUGAUAGUAAUAUAUGUAAUUAUGAAAGUAUGUGUGAUAAGGAUAAUGAUAGUGACGGUAACAAUAUCUGUGAUAGUAAUAGUAAUAAUAGUAAUAGUAGCGAUUCUUAUAAUAAUUACAAUAGUAAUUAUAAUUAUAAUGUUGGUGAUUUUAUUUUUCAUCAGUAUGUUAAAGGUGAGGAUGAAAUUGACUGCAUUAAUUUUACCAUAAAUGUUAUAAAUAAUCAAGACGAUAAUAUACGUUUUUACAAAAGUUAUAUAAAAGAGCAUAUUGACAGUAUGUUCUUGAGUAAAUAUAAUUUGAAGGUAGCCAAAAAAUUCGGCAGCACCUUAAAUGAUGAAUCGAAAAAAAAAAAGAAACGAACGAAAGACCAGAAUAAUACAGAAAAUAAUAAUACAUCUAUAUUUGACAAUUAUAAAGAACUUGUUCAGAAUUUUUUUUUAGUCAAGAAGGUUUUUAUGAACACAAAUAAAUAA